GUGGGGGAGGCCUUGUCCAAGCUAAGGAGCGCCAGCACUGGCUUAUUAAACGAGGAGAAGAGGAGGAGGAGGAAGAGGAGGAGGGAGGGAGAAAGCUGUCGCCUGUUAGAGGGGGAUCAACCUGUGCUGUCAUGGACAAAUAUCGACCAAAGAGACCCACCACCCUGGCUCUCUUCCCACAGCUGCCACAAGCCGGCACCCAGGACUCCAUCAACAACAACUCUUUAGGCAAGAAGGACAGCUGGAAGGAGUCUCGCUCCUCCUCCCCACAUAUCAAAGGGGAUCUUACACCACCGGAUCUCGGGCCCAAAGCAGAGGGCAAAGUCCGGAACAGCACGCGCCGCCCGGCCCCAAAGCCCCCCACAGCUAAUGGAGCCAACAGCAGGGCCAACCCUCAAGCUGCGGGCCCCCCCACAGACAGGUCUGCUCGCCUGCGCGAUAGACAGGCGUCAUGGGCCCCGCACACACAGGCCCCCAGCACACAGAGGAACCAGAGGAGAGGAGGAAGAGGAGCGCCGGCCAUGAGAGAGAAGAGCCAGGGGGACGGGAGAGGGAAGGAAGGAGGGACAGCAGAGAAGGGAGAAAGGAAAGGAGGAAGACUGUGUGAGGAGUCCAAGGGGAAGGACAAAGAAAAGAACGGACAUCAGAGGCCAAGAGAAGCAAGUGGUCUGAAAAGCCGGGGGGCUGAUGGGAGAGGAAAAGUUGGAGCCAAAGGGGUUAACAGAGCUGGGGGGGUCAAGCCAAAUAACAUACUGUCCACCCAGGAAGUGUAUGCAGCCAUGGUGGUCCCACGCACGCCUGUAGCACCAAGAAACCAGGACAAGACCCAAGACCAAGGCCAAAACCAUGACAGGACCCAAGACAACCCCCCUAUCCUCUCCAGAUCCAGCAGUGAGGGGGGUUCAAACAGAAUGUCCCUCAGCUCAGACACAGAGGGCCCCCCACCAGGGCCCCUGCAUCCUUCUCUAUCCAAUCGAACCAACCCUGUCAUCAGCGAAGAAGAUGGGGAGGGAGUUCCAACUCCCUGUGCAAACAUGCAGAAUGGUGUAACCCACUGUACCAAAAAAACUGAGAUAGACUGUACCAAGUCAGAAGUCGACGCACAGGGAGGAAAUGAUGACAAUAACACUGAGGUCCCUCAGGGAGGUGGUGCGGCGGCUCAGACUGUACCAAAGAGUGAAUCUGCAGCAGGGUUGGAUUAUGACUCUGUUAAAUACACUUUGGUGGUGGAUGAACAUGCUCAGUUGGAGCUGGUCAGCCUCAAGGACUGCUUGCAUGGUUACCAUGAGCACAAAGAUGACAGUGAUUCAGAGACGGUCUAUCAGUCAGCCAAUGAGGAGGAAGAUCCAGAGUAUGAGGAGGAGAGAAGGAGGAGAGAGGAAACAACGAAGCAAGAGAGGAGGAAAGAGGAAGAAAAGAGAAGAAAGGAGGAAGAAGAUGCCAAGAAGAGGAGGGAAGAGGAUUUGAAAAGAAGGAGGGAGGAGGAGGUUAAAAGGAGGAGGGAAGUUGUGGCAAGGACCUGCAAGCAGACCAAGGUAACCUCCACAACAACCUCAGAGGAAGAGGAGUCCAAUGGAGAGAGGGCCGUGCCUUCCAGAAGUAAAAAGUUCCUCAACCUGUUUUCCAACAGCAGCACUCAUUACAGCGCCACGGGUGCCGGCGCAUUUGGUGUGUUCUCCUGUGUUCUGGAUGGAGUGGAGAGACAGCAGAGCCACAGAGCUGUCUACAGGUUUGUCCCUCGUCAUUCAGAUGAGCUGUACCUAGAGACGGAGGAUCCCGUGUUGCUGCUGAAGCAGUCUGAGGACCUGUGGUGUCAAGGCUACAACAUGAGGACCGGAGCUACCGGCAUCUUCCCUGCCUUCUACGCUGUCGGGAUGUCCAAAGACACUAACCAGGUUGCGAAGGAUAGCUCGAUAGAGAAGUUCCUGGUGCGAUUCCUGGGUUCAGUGCAGGUCCCGAUCCACAAAGGCACCGACAUGCUUUGCUCUGCGAUGCAGAAGGUGGCGUGUAACCGGCGGUUAGCUACUCAGCCCCCUUCAGCCUGUGUGCUGGAGGUCAGUGUGAGAGGGGUGAAGAUCAGUGUCCAGGACCAGUGUCACUCUGCUCACAGGGGAGACCAGUGUUUCCAUUUCUUCCAGUUGAAGAACAUCUCAUUCUGUGGCUGUCAUCCCAAACACAGCAAGUACUUUGGACUCAUCACCAAACACCCUGACCAGCAGCGCUUCGCCUGUCAUGUGAUGGUUGCAGAGACAACUCUGCACCCUCUAGCCGAGUCUGUAGGGAGGGCCUUCCAGCAGUAUUACAGGGAACACAUCGGCUACUCCUGUCCCACUGAAGACAUCUUUAUUGAAUAACCCCUCUCCCCCAUCCACACUACGUCCUGAAUACUCACUACUGUAUGUGCAUGUAAGCCUGGUCUUACACAGUGGAUGGGACCACUGAUGUCUCUUCUUCAGAGUGCUUGCAUGGGGGAUUUAUUUUCUUACCUGCAUCCUGUAGUCCAGCAAGAGUUUCCUUUCUUGAUCCAUGUCAUUAUUAACAUUCCUCUAUGGAUGGGUAGGAUCACAUGACAUGUUCCAUACACUGAAAAUGUUUUCCAAAACCUUACCAAAUGCAUAUACAAAUAUCUGAAAUGUAUAUAUUUUACGGAUUAAAAUUACUACGACGGGUAGAUAUUGGAUGUAAGAGCAAACACAAAUCCUUCAGUACUGUGGAGUUAAUUUAAUGACACAAUGUUUAGUAUGAUACAUUUUUGAAUUUGCUCCACUUCAUAAUCAUUUAUCAGUUACAAAUGUUGUCGUACAACGUGCAGCUGAGGCUGAUGGAUGUCCUCAGUUUUGCAGGAAUUUGACCAUACACCGACCUAGAGGAAAGGCAGGGCAAUAACUAGCUGUUGAGUUCUGUGACAAGAUAAACAGAUAGAAGAUAUCCCCUGGGAACCUAUCAUGAGUUUUAUCAUCUAUUAUAACCUAUUCAGUAAAAUGAAAGACACAAAUCAAUUAAGAAAGGGGUUCCUUACAACAUUACUUCAACCUUCCAUUAGGUUUACAUACAUUUUAUUGGAACUACAAAAUGAAUGCACAACAUAUCUGUAUCUGUAGUUUAAGUUUUAGUUCAUGUACAUAAGCCAAACAUCCUCAAAGCCUAUUUAAAUACACAAAAAAAGUAGCUUCUAAAAUUCAAUGAACUUAUGUAAUUCAUGUGGGCUUGAGUUUGAAAUUCAGUGUUGAAUUGUGUCCAACCAGAUUCAGAUAAGCAUUUGCAUUUUACAGAUGUUGCUCCAUGGAUUGUCCUUGAAUCAAGCCUGAUGAGAAGUAUGAGAAUACAGAAAAUAGGAAAUGUUUAUGAAGAGGGUAAAUGUUGUGUCCUUAAAUCAGCGUCAUGCUUUACUCCACAGUAAUGAAGGAGCUUCUUAUCAGCAACAAUCCCCCCUUCAGUUUAAAAGGCUCGGAAAAUACAAAUAACAAAGGACCUGCUGGUCUUUUUGCAAAAUAUUUAUUAUAAUAUAUCAAACAAAUAAUUCUUAUAACCCCUUGACUUGACAAUCUACUGUUGAACACUAUUGGCGGUGCCUCAUUUCUCUCUUUGCUGCUUUCUGUUUAUUUUCUUCCAAAUCUGGUACCAACCACAAUCCCUCUAUACAGGGUUUCUCUGGUUGAGCAAUGAAAUAUUUUAUUCUUCAAACUCUGUGUAAUAACAAGGCCCAAAUGACUCUGUGCAAUUCAGCAUGUGUUGGGAAGUGGAUCACUGUGCAGUCUUGUCCAUGUCUUUGCACAUUGCUUUCAGUUCAGACUUCUUUUGCAUUGCCUGCUCAAAUCCAAGACCAAAUAUGAGGUCAGGUCAGCAUGAAGACACUUAACUUAGAUUUACUUUAAAGGAAACACUGACCUUGGUGUUUGAAAACGUACAUUCACAAACACCCACAAUCGGCCUACAAAAGAAAGAUUCCUUCACACAGUUACUCUUUGUUUUGCAGGCAUUUGAAGAUUAGUUCCAGGCUUAUAUCUGAGCCAUGAACAUGUUUUGAUAUAUAAAUGAAUCGUUCUUAGUGGUGAUUGAACAAUGGUUACAUCAGCUCUAAGGAGAUUUUCAGUCUCUUUCUGCUCUUUUCUUUUCCAGUAAGGAAACUAUACUCCCAUCAAACUUUUGUCCAGAAGCAGCAGGUAGCUUUUUUCUGCUAAAAGGAUUUUAACCCUCUGUACACUACAGACCAAAAAUGAAACAGCAGAAAGACAUGGUCGACAUGUAAGGAGACUAACAUAUGCUUACCUGCUAGUCAUGGUAACCUAAAUGAAAUGAAUGCAGCUUUAAGUUCCAGGAACAUUUGGACCAGCGAAUCAGAAUACAUGUGUAGAAUGAUCUAUUAUAAACGGAUUUGAGUGUAAAGUCAAUGGAAAUGAAGCCUGAAAUGUUUUAUGUUCGAAAAACAGUGCCUAUUUUGUUCUGGUGAAGUGGUGAUGACUAUCCCCUGUAAUAACUGUUGACUUCAGAUGUCUCCGAUCACAUGUGUACAACAGCCGGUCUCAUUCAGAAGAGUAGUCUUGUAGCUGGAUAUGACUUGGUACACCUCAGAUGGCUGACAUGGAAUGUCAAAUAAUGUAACGGGGAACCAGGGUUUGACUGACUAUGGAGCUGUUGCAUCUAAGACAAAGUAAUUCAACAUUUUGAGAAUGAUGAGCUGAUAUUUCUGUGGAGGAUAUUUAGCCCCAUGAUGUUUCUGCUUUUGUAGCUAAAGGAUAAAAAUACAGGGCAGGAUUCUUAAAAACGUGAUUACUCUGUCAUAAAAAGGGUUGAAUUUUUAUGGAAUGGAGCUUCGGACUUAACAUGUUGGUAUUGAUUAACAAAACGUGUCAUCUGAACCCUCGGAUAGUGUACUGUCCACCAGAGGUUCAUUUCCAUGGCAGCCAUCUGAGGUGCACCACAGGAAGUUGUUCUGAUCCACCAGAAAGUGUCCUUUCUAUGUACUCCACUUUUGUGAUUCUAACACCAUGGGGAUCUACUGUACAUGACUCAUCAAUAUAGAUAUAUCCUGUAAAGAUAAUGUAUGUAUGUUUGUAUAGAAGUUAUUAUUGUAUGCUGUUGGUUUGACUAAACCUGGGUGUAACGCCGCAUGAUAUUGAUGUUGUAAACUGAAGCGACACAGAAGAUGCACAGACUGGUGAUAAGGAUGGUGAUCAUUCUGUCAAUAAAUCACAUUUACAACUCCA